AAUUCUUAUUUAAAAUUUUAUCGGUAAUUAUUGUCCCUCUAACGUCAGUAAAAAUCUUUUGGUUCAGCAAUGCUCCUCUAUCUCUGUGUUCCAUCCACCAGUACGGGAUAAUUGGUGAAGUAUGAAAAUACUCUUUGUUUUUAUUUUUCUACCGGAAACUAUAUAAAUAUGUCGCAUCGGUUAUUCUAAAGGUUUCUGCAAAAGUAGACUUAGAAGUAAAAUGUAAGGAAAACAGUCUGAACAAAUCCCUAGAAGAUCAUCAUGUGGUAGUCGAAGGUUUGAUAUCUAUUGUAUGGAUCUUGGUCUUCCAUGUCUUUCUAAAUCUUCAACUGAACCAGUCACUUCAAAGCCCUUGAUAAGGUUGGCCAUUGUGUCUUGUUUUAUCGACUGAUGCAAAAAAAUUUUUUGAUUAUUUCUCAUACUUUUGGAAAUUCUCUGGAUACUUGACAGAGAUACCUGAAAGCUGUCUGCAUGCCUUCUAUAAUAAAUAUUGUAGUGUUUUGGAUGCAAGACAUGUCCGAAAAGAAAUCACCUUCUCAGAAGGAGAAGACUAUAUUGAAAGCUGUUCAGUCAGAUGGAAAAGGUAUGAAAAGGAAAAUAAUUAUGCCAAGCUCCCCACAAGAAGAAGAAGUUAUAGAUAAGAAAGGAACACCUCAGAAGAGAAAGCGUGGGAGUAUUCAAUUAGAUAGUUCUCCUACGAGCGGGUCAAGUGUUACACCUCGAACACCUGUAAGUGGCCAAAGACUGAUCCCUUUAUCUGAACGUCAACAAAUGGCAUUAUUGAUGAAAAUGACAGAUGAAUCUUCACAAGGGGCAACAGAUUCUUCUCCCAAAUCAUUGUCACCUGUGAUGUCCGCUAAGCGAACGCCUGGUGAUAAAAGAGUGCAUAAGCGAAAUGAGCAUGGAGAAACGCCUUUACAUUUGGCUGCAAUCAAAGGAGAUCCGAAACAGACUAAAAAAUUGAUUAAAGCUGGAGCUGAUGUAAAUGUUAAAGAUUUUGCAGGUUGGACUCCUCUCCACGAAGCAUGCACCCGUGGUUGGUUAAUCAUUGCUAAACACCUAUUGAAAGCUGGUGCUAAUGUAAAUGUUCAUGGCUUAGAAAAUGAUACUCCUCUUCAUGAUGCAUCUGCCAGUGGACAUCAAAAGCUUGUUGAAUUACUGUUGAAGCACGGGGCUAACCCUCUUCAAUCUAACAGUAGAGGCCAAACACCUAUGGAUGUUGCUGCAUGUUCCGAUACAGAAGAGCUGUUAAGAAAAGAGAUGUCCUCAUCAAGCAGUGAUAGUUCAAGUGUUGAUGAUACUCGUUCUCCGACAUCUCCUGAAAGUACUUCUUCGGCUAAAGAAGAAGACCGUACUGCAGAUUCAGAAGAAUUGUCUCCGAGAAUUACUGGUUCAUCUGCUUUGAAAUGGGAGAGAAGUGUUGCAUCAUCAACUUCAGGCAGCAGAAGAUCCCUGUUGCCCAAGUCUCCAGAGAAGACUGCUUCCCCUCGUCUCUUUCUUAAACUUGUCAAGGAUGUGCCCUGUAGUGGAGAAACGUCUGAAAAAUCUAAAGAUACAACUGAAACACAAUACAAAGCAUACAGUGUAACUGUAGAACAUAAAGACUGCAUCUCCUUUGUAGAAAGUAACAGUAGUAAUGACAGUGAUUUAUAUGAACCUCGCAUUUUGGAGCGUGCUAGUGAUUUAGGUAGUACAUCGGUUAGCAAUUUAUCAGCUAGUAUGGUUGCAGCAGGUAUGAAAGAAAGUGGUCAGUCAGACAAUCGUGUAUCCGGCAUGACUAUAGCACCAGAAACUUUACCGCAUCAAGGAAGCAUUAACAAUAAAGUUUGUGUUGGUGAUAGUCAACUGAAUGAUGAAGCUAAUAAAAGCUUUGGUGAGACAGUUUCAUCUCAUUCUGUGCAGACAUUUACUCCACAGUUUGAGGACAUCAGUGAUCCUGAAGAUGAAACUGGUAUGUCUGAAAUUCUUAAACAGCAAAUGCCAGUACAAAUAAGAACUGAUUCUAAUUGCAUUCCACAAAGUAAAGAACUGGACACUAGUAAUAUUAUUACUACAUCUCAAUCAAAGUUGAAAUGUUUAACAACAUCCUCAUCCUCAUCAUCAUCUGAUUUUCCACAUGAAUUAUCAUUAAUAUCAUCAUCAAUAACAUCAUCCAAUUCUCAUGGUAAUGCUAUUAGCUCAGGAACAACAAAUAAUAAUAAUAACAUUCAAGGAGAUAUACACACAGUAGACACAAACAUUAUUUCAAAUACUUCAAUAAGAAGGCAUUCUAGUAAUAAUAUUACAAAUUCUAGUACGUUGGUAACAAGCGGGCCAGCUAGUCAAAUACCCACCAAAUGGGAGCUCCAUUCUUGUCCACCAUCUACUGAUGACCAUCUUUGUGGGUUAACCUUAAAAUCUGAGGGUUCUCGUACUUCUUCUUCACCUACUAGAUCUGAGAAAGAUAGAUUUGCUUUAAAAUCAGACAAAGAACCUAGAUCUUCAUCCUCAUCCUCAUCAUCAUCUUCAUCUUCCUCAUCAUCAUCAUCGUCAUUAUUAAAAGUACCACCUUUGAGAAUAAUAAUCCCACCAAAACAAACAUCCUCUAUGGAUUCAGAUAACUUGAAAAUGCUCCUAACUAAACCAGCAUUACCGUACGUUUUAAACCCAACACGAGAAAACAAUUUAGAAGAGCAAAAUAAUGAAUGUCAUAUAGCCUCCCAAGCAUCAUCAAGGGCCUCGAGUCCAACUUCUUCACGCCCUUCAUCUGCUGCUAGUGAUCAUGCUGCCUCAUCUACUGCUGGCAGCAGUGUAACAAUGGCUGUCCCUCUGACAACAACGACUUUACAUAUGACAGCCAAUCAGUCAGCUUCGUCUGGGGAUAAAGCUGUUUCCAUUACUAACACCAACACAGCUACUACUGUUACAGUUACCACCACAGUAACUAGUAUUAACAGCAAUAAUUCACCCGAUACAGAUAUUAAGUCAAAUUUCCAUGGAAGCAACAAACUACCUACUAACUCUGCCUCAGUGACAAUUACCACCACAUCUAGUGCAACUUCAUCCACCACCACCACCACCAGUAACUCUGAGAAAACUAGUCAAACACAUGCUACACGAGAUACUGAUUCUCUUGUUGUGAAAGAGAAAGAUGAAUUAAUAAAACUAAAAGACAAAGAAGAUACUAAGGAAGAGAAAGAAGAAAAGACCACACAAAGAAUUACACGAUGUCUCCGUUCACAUACAGCACAAUUACAACAACAGAAAAGAGAGCAACAUUCUGAUAAACAAGGUGGAUUAGACACUCAACCACAAAUAAAUGACACACUUAGUUUAAAAGGGCAAAAAUUUCCUCCAACACUUACAUCUUCUACAACUAGUGCUGUGUCAUCAGCUGGAGAAGAAUCUGAAGACCUUAAUAUCCAUCCAAGGAAAAGAAAGUUACGGCCAAAAGGUGACCAAACCCAAAUUUCAGAGGCAACUACUUCUCACCCGAUCAUUCUUGAAAAGCCUCCAAAUCCAUACAAAACCUAUCUUUCAAUAAGGAAACAGGUAAGAAAAAAGGUCGAAGAUCGGCGGAAAAACUUAACAGUUGUUCAUCCAAAAGCUCCCCAGGGAUUCAAGGACUAUUUAAUGAUGAGUUGUAGUUAUGUGUUACAAGGAAAUUCUGCCAGCACUUUAUCUGUUCCUAUGCUUUCCCCUCCAAAUUCAGUAACUGGAUCAAUGAGAGAUUUAUUCUUAGACCAAGAACAAGCUCGGUAUAAGCUAAGAUUACAACACCUCAUUGAAAAGGAAAAGUUAAUGCUUUCUAUUGAGCAAGAAAUGUUGCGGGAGCAUGCACGUGCUGCCAGAGCACAAAAUAAUCAAGCAGUCCCUUUAAGUGUUUGCACAAUACUUCGAGAUGAAGAGAUUUAUAAUCUUAUUGAAGUGGAACAGGUAGAGGAAAGAGAGAAAAACGUUCGAUCACGCUACAAUGGCAGACAGUUUAUUUCCUGGAUUCAAGAUGUCGGUGAUAAAUAUGACAAGAUAAAAGAAUUAUUGUUGCUUAGGCAUCACCACGAAGCUGAAUCCUUAUUUGCAGUUCAGAAGAUGGACUGGGAAUGGAAAAUGAAAGAAGUUUCUGACUUGAACAAUAUGCCUGUUGUUGAUGAUCUCCAUGUACCGAUGGUACAAGUGAAUGAUGACUUUGAUCUAUUACCAUCUUAGCAAAGGGAGCAUUAUUACACAGUUUUAUAGAGCUUCAAAUUGCCAUUGAGAUGGUGUCAACUGUAAAGCCAGUAAGAUGAAAAACGGUGUUCUGCUUUCUUCGGCGACUACUUUACAGCAUGAAGAAGAUUGAGUAUUUUUGUGAAAUACUGCGAUGCAAAUCACCCAGUAUAAUUAUCAGAAGGCUUUUAUGACAGAUAGCCUUUAGGUAUGGGGCUAUUGUAAAGAUUAUUGGGAAUAAUGUGAUCAAUAUAUCAUUUAUUUUAGAUUGAGGAAUGCUGCCAAAAUCCUUCCUUCUGUUAUCUAUAACAACACAUAACAAUUUCUAAAUGUCCAUUUUUUUAUGGCUCAGCUAUAUGGUAGCCAUGCCUAUGUAUAUGUUUUGGAAUAAUUUCUGCUGCUGCUGCUGGCCCAGCUAGCAGUCAUCUAAUCAAAGAAAAAUCAUAUCAAUCCAUUUGUUUCAGUCUGCUAGCUUUAAUUUUUUUUUUCUCUUCCCAAAAUUAACAUAAAUACUCCAAAAUCUUUUACCUUACUCUUUUCAAAUGUGUGCUUGACUAGAAAAUAUUGGAGCAGGGGUUUCUGUUGAAAAUAUGUAUAAAUGAGUGAUAACAAUUUUACUAUUGAUAAGAAACUAGAAUUAAUAAAAAUUGAGCCAAAUGUUUCUGUAUUUGUAUGUGCUUGUUUGUUUUUUUGCUUUUGUGACAGGAUUCUCUACACAAACCAUAUUUUGAUAAAAUUUUGUGAUUAAUAAUAA